AUGAUUCGCUGUGACUCGGAUCCCACACUGUCGAUCAGGUGGACAAAUUUUCUCUUCCCGACCAAUGCGUCCGCGUCAGCGACUGUCCCUUGUCCCCCGCCGCCACCUUGCGCGCUACGGCCGUACUCGACGAUGGGCAACGUUAUAGCGGCCCUUGCACCGCAAUCAAGUCUCUCCGUGGACCUCUGGCCGCCUCCGCCCACAUUUGACCUCACCCGCGACAUUCCGGACCUUUCAGGGUAUGUCGCACUCGUCACCGGCGGCAACUCGGGUAUCGGUUACUAUGUCGUCCAGCAUCUUGCGCGCAAAGGCGCGAAGGUAUACCUGGCUGGGAGGAACAGCGCCAAAACCCACGAGGCUGUGGCGCGGCUGAAGGCAGACGGGGAGGUGGUGUUUCUGGAGGUAGACUUAGCGGAUCUCCGGAGCGUGAAGCGGGCAGCGGACGAGUUCUUGGCGAUGGAAAGGCGGUUAGACAUCUUGGUCAACAACGGGUGCGUUCUUCGCGCGCUUUCCCUUUGUACGCUUGCUCACUAUGGUAUCAUCCCCAGUGGCGUCAUGAAUCCCCCGACUACUCUUUUAACCGCACAAAAUCUUGACGCUGCUUUUGGCACCAACAUCGCAAGCCACCACCUGCUCACGACACUGCUUCUCCCCGCCUUGAAGGCUUCGCAUGCCGCUACGGGAAAGCCCGCGCGGGUACUCAGCACUGCAUCAAGCACGCAUACGCGGCCGAGCGGCGUGUCAUUUACGUCGCUCAUCGGGGGUAAAGAGCGAGACGAGUGGCUAGCGGAGCAAUGGGGCAUGCUACUUGGCUUCCAGCUCUACGCGCAAAGCAAGCUCAUCGGUGUCGUCAUCACCAACCAUUGGGCCAAGACGCACGCCGCGUUCCUUGUCGCAUCAUCCGUCCACCCCGGCUCGAUAAACACCGACUUGAAGAGACAUUUCCCUUCGGCGUUUCAACUGCUCUGGCAACUCGCCCUCAACCCUCCCUUGCGCGGCGCGUAUCCGCUUCUAUGGGCAGCCGCCAUCGCUUCGCCCUCCGAGAUCACCGCUGAGUAUAUCGUCCCCCCUGCGCGCAAAGGAGUCCCCAAUCCACUCACACGGGACGCCGCGUUCGAGAGACAGGUCGUGUCGUUUGUCGAUGACGUGAUCCAGGAUUAUUUGUAG